UGCCGCCCCACAGCAUCCUCGCGCGCCCGUGGAAGAGGAGAGGAGAUCGCGGCGUUGCGUGGCGGAUGAUCGAGGAUUCCAGGCCAGGUUUGGCGCCAAUGUGACGCGGACGGAGAUUAGGGCGAUCGAUCGAUCCCUCGAUCAGCCCAUGGCUGAUCGCGGCGGCAGCGUUAUGAGAGAUCAGCAGCAAGCGCUUUUCUACACGUAAGGGAAUCCAACCAACGCAUUCCUCCUUUCUCAAUCGAUCAAAAGGGCUUUGCGAGAUCUGGAUGCCUUGACUCCGCCAUGGCUGCCGAUUGGCAGUGGGCCACGACCAAGCACAAGUCAAGCAAGCCUUCCACGCGGCAGCAGCAAAAACUCCAGAGUUUGAUGAAAGAGGAGGAUGAGUUCCUCCUGUGGCCGGAUCACUCGCAGUACGCAGAGCUCAUCGAUCAGGAGCGGCACAGGCAGCGGAUCUACGUCACAAAGGGGAGCUACUUUGGCCAGCACCGAGUUGAAUCCGGCGAAGAAACCGCUCAUCUAAAAUCCUCCCUCGACUCCACAACCGUGACAACCUCGUCGUCGUCACUACCAGUGUCUUGGCGAACCGCCGGAAGCCAUGAACUCGCAGCCAUCGUCUCGCAAAGAUCUGGCAACAUCGCCAACUGCGAUCUUCCCCCGCCGUCUCCGGAAGCGCACAGUAGCAUCAAACCAACGUCUUGCAGCAGUAGUAACAGUCCUCGAUCUUCGACCGGGCCCCGAGCGCAUGAUUUGCUUGGCGAGGCGCUGUGCCGCUCCCAGACACGGGCACGAGAAGCGGAGAAGCUGGCGGUGCGUGCGUUUCGAGAGAAGGACGAGCUGAUGCGUCUGUUCUUCCGCGAGGCAUCCAUGUCGCUGGCCUACAGGCAGUGGCUCGUAUCGCUGCAAGCCGAGAAUCUGUGCCUUCGGAUGUGUCACGCUGCUUUUCCUUCAAAGUCACUCGGCCACCACUUUCACCACCACUGCCCGCAGCUCCAGACUUCUUCCAAGCGUUGGAAUUACCACCAGCACCACCACUACCACAAGAAGACGAAGCUGGAACGAGGUGGUGGUGCUACUCGUCCGGAAGAGCUGCUGCUGCGCUGCACUGUGGCGUUUGCAUUGGGCCUGGGGCUUGCUGGUGCUGGAUUCAUGCUCGGCUGGGGGAUGGGUUGGAUCUUCUUUGCGUUCUAAAAGCACUGCUCUCUUGAUUCCAGUUUCCAGUCUAGUGUAUAUAUCUAUAUAUAUGUUCUCACCUCCGGGGAUAAUGUACAGCGCUGCCUUGAUCCUCCUCUCUUUUAUGUAAAAAUCAAGUUGUGCCGCUA